CUCGCACAUGCGCACAUCGUGUUUCCUUUUCUUCCUUUUCGGCUUCCGCUCUACACCAAGAGAUCUUUAAAAAGGUUUCAUCAUCAUGCAAAACGACGCAGGAGAAUUCGUGGAUCUGUUGAUUCCUCGCAAAUGCUCUGCCAGUAACCGCAUCAUUGGUGCUAAGGAUCAUGCUUCUAUCCAGAUCAACAUUGCAGAGGUUGAUGAGACUACAGGCCGUAUGACUGGAUCUUAUAAGACCUAUGCUAUCUGUGGGGCAAUCAGACGAAUGGGUGAAUCUGAUGAUUCAUUGAUUAGACUGGCUAAACGAGAUGGCAUCAUAACUAAGAAUUUUUAAAGGUACUCUUGUUCAAUAAAAUUCAUGUAAAACUAA